GGGAAAGCAGAUUCGCGACCUGGAGGUGAGGCAGGCCCAGCUGAGAGAGCGGAGAACCGCGCUGGAAUCAUCCCGGGCUGACGCUCACAAGUCCGGGGUAAGUAUACAGCGAUCUGUUAACAGUCCCACCACGUCUACUCCGUGUGUUUCUCUGCACAGGCCUGGUGCACCCAGGACGCGAUCUUCCCAGAUGUCCUUCACUGCGACGCCGGGACACCACGGACCCUGGGUGCAUCCACAGCGGAGGACGCGAGCCGGGUCCCGGGCGACGACUUCUCCCCCUCCUGCCUUCGACAUCUCCAUCCGGAACCGUUUCGCUCCCCUCCGCGAGACAGGACGCGACGCUGUGAUCAUCGGAGACUCCAUCGUCCGACACGUAAGUGCUACGUUAGCCGAAGGUAAAGUGCACACUCAUUGUUUGCCUGGUGCUCGUGUUCUCGAUGUUUCUGCGCAGAUACCCGCGAUCCUGAAGGUCGACGAGAGCCCCAGAGCGGUCGUGCUUCACGCCGGGGUUAACGACACCACGCUGCGGCAGACGGAGACGCUGAAGAGGGACUUCAGCAGCCUGAUCGAGACGGUUCGCAGCACGACGCCCGCGGCGACGAUCGUCGUGUCAGGACCACUGCCCACGUAUCGACGAGGACACGAAAGGUUCAGUAGACUUUUUGCUUUAAAUGAAUGGUUGUUGUCAUGGUGUAAAGAACAGAAACUGCUAUUUGUUAAUAACUGGAAUCUUUUCUGGGAGCGUCCUAGGCUGUUUCGCGCUGAUGGAUUACACCCCAGCAGAAUCGGAGCGGAGCUGCUCUCUGACAACAUCUCCAGGACACUUCGCUCCAUGUGACUAGAUUUACACAAGCUCCAGUCUGGAUCCAGAACACCUGAGAAGAGAUGAUGCUGACCCUCAGAGGAC